UGAAAGUCGCUUAUUUCAACACAACCGACUAUAAAUUGCCACAGAGAAGAACUGGAGAAGCUCUUUGUACUGUGUAAGCUCACAUUAUUUUAAAUUUCGUUAAAUUUCGUUUUAAAACGGGAGCUAUGUCCUCGGAGUCACGCACCUCAAUGAAGACUUGUUGAGAAGACGGUGAAGAUGCCCACUGAAUGCAAUAGCAGCUGUCUCGUCUACACAGUUAUCCUCCCAUAACAAAUAAAUUAGUCAACAUGGCCGCAGAGUACCUAGCCCCACAUAACUGAGACACGGAAUAAAACAUCACAGAUUUAAUGGCGUUCAUGUCUCGAUUCUCUCGGUCCCGGAGCAGCUCCAGGUCUCCGAGCCGAAAAGACUCUGAACGUUCCUCCCCGAUCCUGACCGUCUCCGAGCUAGAAAGGCUCCUUUACACGGGCAAAACGGCCUGCAACCAUGCAGACGAAGUGUGGCCACGACUCUAUAUCGGAGACCAGGACAUUGCAUCAGAUCGACGAGAAUUGGCCAAACUUGGCAUUACACAUAUCCUCAACUGCGCACAGACGAAGUGGCGCGGGGGAGCCGAAUAUUAUGCUGGGAUGAACAUCACCUAUCAUGGCAUUGAGGCUCAUGACUCACCAACUUUUGACAUGAGUGUUAACUUCUAUCCUGCUUCCGAGUUCAUUCACAAAGCCCUCACCAGUGGAGGUAAGGUUCUGGUCCACUGUACUGUGGGAGUGAGCCGCUCAGCUACUCUGGUGCUAGCCUACUUGAUGAUCAGACAAAAUCUGACGCUUGUGGAGGCCAUCAAGACAGUAAAAGACCACAGAGGUGUCAUCCCUAACCGAGGUUUCCUCCGCCAGCUGAAUGGCCUGGACAGCAUCCUGAGAGAGAGCCGAAAGACAUCGCCGUAGAGCUGAAAAUACUCUCAAGACACACUCCACCUGAGGUAGCAGCCCAUUACAUUGGGAGAUAUUCUGGGACCAAACUAGGAGCAUCCUGUGAAUUUCUGACUUUGCAGCUCUGAAUGGUAGCCAGUGAUACCACAGAUCAAGUGAUGCCAUUAUUUUCAUAGUCAAUUUGCUCAGUUUGUUUAAUCUUUGUAGUUCUGUAGACUCUGAAACAGCAGCACCAAAUAAUUUUAUAUUCCUUAAGAUAUAAAAGUUUACUGGUACAUUAAGGUUCUAAAAAAUUAGAAACUUUUAUUAAUAAUUCCACUAUUUCCUUCAAAGUGUUUUUUCAAUUUGUAACUGACCUCUGCCUUUCAGAUUCAUUCACGCACAUAAUGGUAGAGAUUUUACAGCAACAUCAGUUGACCUAUGUAAGUUAAGUAGUAAACCCUUACCUUUGACUUAUAGGAUUCAAAAGUUGACUGUGAGUCCAAAAUUGAGGAAACUGCUGCACGGGGUUUGAGUCAGAUGUGAAACAGGAGUUUGGGGUGAAACCUCACUGUCUGAAUUAUGUUAAUUUAGGCUACGUCCACACUAGCCCAGAUAGAUUUGAAAACGGCGUUUUCAUCUGAAAACGCUCCGCGUCCACGCUA